AUGGCCUCCGAUAUGCUUUCUUCGACGUCAAACCUGACACUGUGGGAAACUAUCAGUGCCCGUCUUCCAGCCCUCAAUACAGCAAAUAAGGUCUCCGAAGGCACAACAACGACCGCACUGCGCUAUAACCACAUAGGUCGUUUAGAGAAAUGGGACAUCAAGCCCGAACUGGCAAGAUUCAAGAAAGCCAUAACGCCCGUGUUCGAUGCAUACUCCGCGGGCCCGAACAAAAAACGCCACUCUGCACAGCCAGAAUCGCUUAAAGUUGCUGCUGAAAUCGAUCUGGACGGACGAGUAAAGGAUAAUCUUGUGGCACCUGUUCAUGAAACCUUACAUGAGCUCCAAAAUCAAGAACAUGGUAUGGCCACGCCAUUGCUACCGACCAACUUCCAAUACUCGAGCGCAAAAGGCUAUCAUAAGGAUCUACGCCCCAAAGGCCACGAACCGGAUCUUGUUAUCGAGGUUGCCGAUCUCAAAGGCAACAAGAGAGUGCGCAUUGUUGGCGAGUUCAAAUCAUGCACCGCUUGCGAUAUCGAAAGCAUGAUCAAGGAGCCUUGGUCACACAAUGCCAAAUCGUUUUGCAACCUCCUGGCGUUCGACGUCAAGUACGGUUUUGUAUCCACAUACAACCAAACAGUGUUUCUCAAGAUUGAACGGUCGGUCGUCGACCCAAGUCAAAUGGCUCUGUUCUAUUCAGAAAUAUUCUAUGAUACAGAUUCUACCCUGACCACGUCGACGAUUGGAAAGAACGACACGCAAACCUUCGGCACAUCCUUCGGUUUCCUUUAUUUGCUACACCUAGUCGCGGGCGAGGACGAGGAAACCUGGAAACUCAAUCGAGAUGAUAUUCCAGACCCCAAUGAGUGGUUCUUCGAACGAAGCAUAGAGAAAAGUUUCCCCAAGGCCGUCAUCGCUGGACACCGGAGUACACGCGGUUCAAGUAUAACGCCAUGGGCUCGAGCUUCGUUUCUGCGCCAAGACCUGUUACCAAAACAAAAAAGGUGUAAACCGGCAGCCAGGAAGUUGAAGCGCUCCGGUGUUAAGGACGAACAAGACGGUGAAGCAAGAACGAAGAAGUCUCAUCAAAAGGUCAUCCCCACAGUACCCACUUCUAAUAGCCUGAACGUCUCAAGAGGCCUUCGGUCUGUCAGUGCCGUCAGGUCUAACGAGAAUUCCGGGGACUUGAGCGCUCCUGUCGGAACACCGCCUUUGGGCACACUGCCACUGCGUGGACGCCAGCAGCCCGAAAGAAAUGCAAAGCGGAACCCGAACUAUUAUUAA